CUUCCUUCUAAAUCUAGCGUAAAGUACCUAAGUACGCGCCUUAUCGGACUGUUAUCGUAAGCCGUACACAUCUCUGAAUAACUUUAACUUGAGUCACUGGAAUUUAAAUUUAUUAUAAGUUCGUUCAUGUCUCUUCCCUUUUUUUAUUAUUAAUUCAUGUCCCUUCCCUCUCUGGAUUCCCCGAGUGGAGAGACUUGAUAUGUGGUGGUAGCGUUUGUCCUUCGUUGAAUUUUCGAAGGUUCAAAAUGCUCUGCGCGCUAUCACAAUGCGACUCAUGGCCUGGAAGAGGGCAAUUUCAAACUUGAAUACGCCGUCAACCACGGUCCUUAGUAGGAUCAAUGGCUCAUAUCCGUUGUCGUUGCGCUCUACGCUGAGCACGCCCCCAAAUUUCUGUGGGCGCUCGAUAACAUUUACUUCUCCAUAUACUUCAUUUUCAAAAUCGGAAAAACAGAAGAAAAGCCUCGACAGGGACUUCUUCGUAUCAGUCCUCGAGACUUCAGUAACCAAACGCGAUGCUAAAGCAUAUAUAAAUAGAUUUGUGCCCCUGUUAGAAAAGAAAGGGGCGACGGGUUUCAGGCAACGUGCAGCUCUGAAUCCGCCAGCAAAUAACCCAGACGUCAUCAAAGACAUCAAAGACGCACCUAAUAUUGAGACCAUCCCUGCGCAAACGAAUUUUAUUCACGCACCCAAACCUGAACCGGACUUUCCAAUUCAGGUGCCUCCACAUGUUGCGUUGGUUAAAUUCCGCGCUCCUCAAGAAGUCAGCGAUGCUACUUUAGAUGGUGUAGGGAAGACUCUAAGUCAGCUGCGGAAGCUUGGAUUAAUCAGUAUCAUCGUGGUUGAAACCGGUAUUGCUGGAGAGGAUGAGGCCCGUCGACGACAAACGGCUACUGUACAAGCUAAUCGCAUCGCCACGGCGAUAGACAACUACGAUGCACCUGGAGCGCGGGUUAUCGAUUCGCCACUUACCAUCGAAACGUUACCGGAGGAUGAUUCUUCUCCGUUUACUUCGCGCGGCCUCUUUGUUGGUAAUGCUCACUAUCUGAUGGCUGCGUUACAGGAGGAGGUGAUCCCCGUUAUCUCCUCUUUCGGGUACACAGCCGAUGACUGUGCCGUUAAGCCUGUUAGCGCCAACGAUGCUAUUCUGGCUUUGACGAGACAAUUAUCGGGUCUUCAAUUCCUGGGCCAGCCGGUCGAGGGCUCUAAAGCAUUACAGGCAUCAAGAUCUGCCGAGGUAUACCGACUUAUCGUCUUGGACCCUCUCGGAGGCAUCCCCGCCAAGAACCGGGCUACUGGGAGAUACUUAUUUUUAAACCUGGAGCAUGAGUUCCAGGAAGUUCGGAAUGAUCUGACAACUUCGGCGUUUCCAAACUCAAAUAUCUCAAGUUCAAUUAAUGCACAGCACCUGGAAAAUGCCGAGCUGGCAAAGAACGUCUUGUCCUUGCUGCCAUCCACUUCCUCUGCAAUCAUCACAACUCCCCAAGAAGUAGCAAAUGAGCGAACUCCAGAGGACAGUGGCAUUGACUGGGCACUUGUCGGGACGAGACGAGGGCAAAACCCGCUAAUACAUAGUCUCCUGACCGACAAGCCAGUCAAAUCCUCAUCAUUACCGCCCGAACGCUUCAGACCCGUCACCUCUUCAACUGGCAUGGCUCAGAUCGGCUCGUUGACAACUUUGGCUAAACGUGGCGUGCCUUUAACUAUAUUCCCGGAUCCACGGGUUACUCCAUGGAAGCCACCUCAGCCUGGGCAGAGACAGCUGAAUCUUACGGACCCGUGUAUAGAUCUGCCUAGGCUGGUGAAUUUGAUCCAGGAUUCCUUUGGCAGGAAGCUCGACAUAGACCAUUACUUGAAGAGGAUACAUGGGAAUCUAGCUGGCAUAAUCAUUGCAGGGGAGUAUGAAGGUGGAGCUUUGCUAACUUGGGAGAAGCCCCCAGGAAUAGAAGGUUCCGGAGCAAACGAUCCAAGCCGCCUCGUACCCUAUCUAGACAAGUUUGCGGUUCUGCGCAAGAGCCAAGGGGCAGGGGGGGUGAGCGAUAUCAUAUUCAAUGCCAUGGUUCGAGACUGCUUUCCCAACGGGGUGUGUUGGAGGAGCCGGAAAGACAACCCUGUCAAUAAAUGGUAUUUUGAGCGGUCGAAGGGCUUUUUGAAUUUAAGCGGCAUGAAUUGGACCAUGUUUUGGACGACUCCGGACUUGGCUUUAGAUGAGCAAAGAUUCAAGGACUACGAAAGUGUAUGCCGGGGCAUUGAGCCGUCGUGGGCGGAUUAGAAGGUUGUUGAUUAAAACAAUAGAUAGAGCAUAAUAAGAGUUAGAUUUAAGAAAUUACUACCGUCUACCUAGGAGCGUAGGAGAUAGAGGUAUACCCGUCAUAUCGGUAUUAAUACUAAGAAUUUAUUUACGCCUUAUGAUUAUUUGGGCUAUUACAUAGGAUCAUAUGGGUAUCAUUACCUAACCGUUAUAGACGGUAGCUUCAGCUUCAGCUGAUUUGUCAA